CUUCAUAGAUGCCCAAAACCUAGUUGCAUCUAAUCUCUUUCCUUUUUUUUUUUUUUUAGGGCCUGAACAAUUGGGUCACCGCUGUUACUGUCUCGGGAAAAAAUCAAUCUCUUCCCCCUUUUUUUCUUUCCUAUCUCUCUCUCUUUCUUUCUUUUUUAAUACUAUCUAUCAAGUGAUCAAUUCCUUAUGGCAACCUUGGUGGAUGUGAUAUUUCUUGGUACAGGCAAUUCCGGUUGUAUUCCAAAUGUAUCUUGUUUGACGGAUCCCAAGGCUGACUGCAAAGUAUGUUUAUCAUCAAUGACACCAGAAGGACGUAAGAAUAAACGUCGAAAUGUUUCUGUGGCUAUACGUUUUCAUAGCCACGGCGAUCCUCCUGAAGCACGAUUAAGAACUGUUCUUAUCGAUUGCGGAAAAACCUUCUAUGAAAGCUCAAUAGAACUCUUUUCAAAAUACGGUAUAAGAGAAUUGGACGGCAUUGUAGUGACUCACCCUCAUGCAGAUGCAAUCUUCGGUUUAGACGAUGCUCGAAUGUUGACUCAUGUAGUUCAAGAUAAGGUAGAUAUAUAUCUGACUCAAGAGACUAUGGACACCGUAGCAACCACUUUUCCAUAUCUUGUCAGUCCAACUCUUGCAACAGGUGGUGGUGAUAUUGCUAAAUUCAAAUACCAUAUAUUCGACCCCACCAAAUCUUUUGAAGUUCAUGGAUUGACAUUUGAUCCUUUACCAGUUCAUCACGGUAUUUACUUUACAACUCGUACACCUUAUAUUUGUCAUGGUUUCCGAUUCGAUGAUAUUGUUUACCUUUCUGAUACAAACUACAUUCCUCCUGAAACAAUGGCUGCCAUCAAAUCAUUACCUUCUCGUAUCUUGGUCUUGGAUUGUUUAAGAAUGGGUGAAUCUCAUGCAUCUCAUUUUGGAUUAGAUGAUGCGUUGAAAGCAACUAGGGAAAUCAAUGCAUUUAAAACUUAUUAUGUUGGAUUCAGUCAUCGGAUGGAUCAUUAUUCCUUGGAAAAACAAUUGAAACAACUUGAAUCUAUAGAAAACUUGCGUGUGGCUCCUGCCUUUGAUGGAUUGCAUUUAGAUUUGGCGUCAAAAACUAAACUUGUGGAAUCAUCUUAUUUUACUGAUACUAUCGUUGUAGACUAG